UGUCUGUCGAGAGCAGCAGCGCUCGCCCGGGAAGCCAAUGUGGGACAGACUCGCCAGAGGAUCGCGGCUACCCUUUGCAACUCGAAACCAGCGUGUCUGAAAACUCACCCACCACUGGAGUUUGGCAAUGCUCACAGCCGUUUGUGGUUCUCUUGGCAACCAGUGCUCAGAGACACCCCGUUCCUCCCCAACCCACCUGGAACUACAGCCGUUGCAGACCUACCAGCCCCAUACCAGUCCUGAGAGCGGGGGAGAUUUCCCAUCCCCUCUGCAGCCCACGGAACUCCAGCACUUGCCUUUAGCUGGGCCUGAAACUGAGUUUUUGGCCAACCCUGGUUAUGAGCUGCAUGGGUCUCCAAGGUUAGACUUGGACGGAGACAGCCACCUGGCCCCCGGCUCAUAUUCCAAGCUCCUACAGACAGCACCGGACAUGGCUCACCACUAUGAACCCUGGUUCAGGCCUACGCAUCCUAGCAAUGCCACUGAAGAUGGUGGCGUCAGUCCAUGGUGGGAUCUCCAUGCUGGUUCUAGUUGGAUGGAUCUUCAGAGUGGUCUCCAACCACCAGGCCACACGGGUGGACUUCAGCCAGCGCUGGGUGGCUAUGGCUCUGCAGAACAUCAACUCUGUGGCCCACCUCACCACCUCUUGCAAUCAGCACCACAUCUCAUGGGCCAGGAAGGAGUCAAGCCUCUGGAUUCUACUCAGGAGCCUCAUCCUCUGGAGCAGGCUGGGGAUGGCAGUGGUAGGCCAAAGAGCUCGAGGCGCUCAGUCACCCGAAAUUCUGGGCAGGCUGCUUGCCGGUGCCCCAACUGUCAGGAGGCUGAGAGGGUUGGGCAGUGCCCUGACAACUCCAAGAAGAAGCACCUCCACAAUUGCCAUAUUCCUGGUUGUGGCAAGGCCUAUGCCAAGACAUCCCAUCUGAAAGCUCACCUGAGGUGGCAUAGUGGCGACCGCCCCUUCGUCUGCAAUUGGCUGUUCUGUGGGAAACGCUUCACUCGUUCUGAUGAGCUGCAGAGGCACCUUCAGACCCACACGGGGACCAAGAAAUUCACCUGCCCUGUUUGUAAUCGGGUCUUCAUGAGAAGCGACCACCUCAGCAAGCACAUGAAGACGCAUGAAGGGGCCAAGGAGGAAGCUGAAGGGGAAGCCAAAGCUGGGACAGAGGCUCCAGCCACAGUCAAACGAGAGCCUGAUGGAAGCUCUUCAAGUGCCACUUCUCAAUCCAACUGAGCCUUUCUUCCUCAGCGAGGAUGUCCCUUCCCCUGUCUUUCCAUAAUGGUCACUUGUGGCCUAUUGACUUGUCAUCUUUGCUCAGGGCUCUGGGGGUUGUCUCACCCUCUGGGCUUGAACGAGACUCUGUCCUUGAAAUGAGAAGCUAUUUAUUCUCUAGGAGGAAAGUACAAUGUUGUUGGGAAGGGCUAAGUCCUUGAGCAGCUUUCGGGAGGGUCUCCACAUUGAGUGUGUCUUUGGGGAAUAUGGGAGGGAUGCUUUUUGAAGGAUGGUAGCUGAAGGAGUUUGGGUUAAAUGGGCAGAUCUCAAUGGUGGCAUGUGGGCCUUACCUGUCUCCCUCUGGAAUGAUGGGUUUACUAAACUCUCUUAUACACAGAGAACACGCAAGUGCAUAAAUACUUACGGUGGGACCUUGUUCUUUAGUUUAAGCUUGUAGAGAUUUGUGGGUUUGAAUCUAACCAUCCACUAUCCAAUUCCCAUCCCCAGUUUAGUGAGCAAAAUAGCUGUUGUCACUCAGUUUCAGUUGGUUGGGUAUCUUUCUUGAAAGAAUCUAGAACACAGUCUUAGGCUUGGUCCUAGACAGUGCUACCUUGUCCUGUUCCCAGUGCAUCUUGGAGCCUAAGUUUUAUUCCUUACUAGCCGGAAUGCGGUGGAAUGGUGUUCUGGCACCUCAGGCCAGUCAGCUGGAGUAAGGGGGAAUUUUAAAGUUCAAAUCGCCCUCCUCACCACUCGCAUGCGGCGUGGAGGGCAAUCUAAACUCCCCCUUUGCUCCAGCUGACUGGCACCAGUCAGCUGGAGCAAGGGCCAAGUUUAAAUAGCCAAUGCAGAGGAUAAUUUAAACUUCCCCCCCUUGUGGGAGCACUCUCAGGGGUGGCUGCGCCCAGCACGAUGACAUCACUUCCUGGAUGUCAUCGCAUGGUACCCAGUGAGUUCCACUACCUCUUUUCCCAGAAAAAAAGCCCUGUUAUGGACAUUUUCACAAGAGAUGCUAGAAGCAUGCUUGUGACUGUUGUGUGCACUUGUGCAUGGGUGUAAUAAGAUAUAUGGGUUAGAUCCAGCCAGCUUUUCUGCUCCAACUCACACAAUGAUCCUUCUUACCACAGCCCCCAUCUCACAUGACCUUUGUCCAUGCAGGUCACAUGAUCUCCCUUCUUUCCUUUUUCUCCAGCAGUAAGGUUGGUUUGAUCCAACCCUAUAUCACACAUUGCAGCUUAAUUUAAAAUGGGUUAAUUUUAUAUUCUGCUUAAGACCCAGCUGAAAUGUGGGUUGUUUAUUGGGUUGCUGACACUGAUUCAGCAAAGCCAGAUUUUGAGGGCAAUGCCUGGGGAGGAGGGAGUUUGGGGGAAGGGGAAUUUGGGGAGGAUGUGAUGUCACUUCUUGGCGGCACUGUAGAAAUUUCCCCUAAUCUCAGUGUUAAGAGCUCUGUACCUAGAGUGUCACUAUGGAGGCCAUUUUCCUGCCAUUUUUUCUCCUCAGUUUCUUAUGAGAGGGGGUUUACUUGCACCAGGUGGGCAAAUGGCAGGCCUAGGUGUAUAUAUACACAUUCAGUUCUUGGUGCUUGGUUUAAGUCACUUGUGAAAUGAUAAAACCUUGCAAAAAAUGUUUGUAACCUCAAAUGAAAAUAAGCAUUCAGGCUCCUUUUCCUUGAGGAAUGACCAUUCUUGAUCUAAAAAAGAAAGAGAUAAGUAAAGAAACACUGCAAUGUGAAUGUUCAUAACACGGGUGUUUGUGUGACAUCAUAGGCACACCAUAAAACUUAAGAAGAGAUUGCUCCCUUGCUUGUGAAAAUGCUCCAAGAGUUAAUUAAACGUGUGUAUGUAUAUAGAUAA